AUGGAGCACCGAGCAUCUCAAUCAUCCUCCCCCACACCCAAGGAGCAGGCCGAUGUAGACACUCUGAUGACUCUCAUGGGCGGCGGUAUCACGUCUGAUGUCGCCCUCAAGCUACUCCGCAAACACUUUGGCGAUGUCGAAAAGGCUGCGGCCGCCAUUUUCGACGGGGGCUUGACUAACGAGAUUCAGCAGCUGGAGACUGCGGAAGUGAGCUCGAAGCGAUCCAGGCCACAGACGCCACCUCCCUCGAAACCUGAAAACUCAUCACCCGUCAUCGACCUUACUGCGGACGAUGAUGACCAUGAGUUGUCGCGCGCCUUGCGGGCCUCGCUUGAGGACCAUGCUCCCAAAUUCGGGCCAAGCGACAGAGCUCCGGACCCAAACUGGGCUGUUGUUCCGUCGAAUGUGGAAGUGGGGACUGGAAUUUCUCAGGACGACCACUCCCUCAGUCAAGCAAUAGCAGCAAGUCUCACUUAUAACUAUUCGGAAGAGGCGUAUGAGGAUAUCCCUCUGGAGCAAAGGGUCAGAAAAGACGAGCAGCCGAUUGCUCUUCGUUCGACCAAUUCGUCCCUCGCUCAUGCGGGGCUCAUUUUACACGGAUUAUUCCACGUUCCGCAAGUGCGUUAUGCUAUAGCCCAAUGGCGCCCGACGAGUGAGUCUCAAGAAAAUGAUGAUAUAAGCCCGCCGACUGGCGGCCCAGCAGAACUUGUAAUCUGGUCUCUUCUCGAGAUGUUUGCCAACAUGGACGUCGCGCUGAUGAGUGAGCUAAACGUCGACGAACUUCUUGCUGCAAUGAACGCGGAGCAUUGGAGCACGCCAGCGGAGCGCCCGGGGGACAUUGCAUACAAUUUCUAUAACAGAUUGGCAUGGACUGCGGAGAAUAUGUUGCAGCAGGAUGUUGCUGCCGCUAAUCCAGAGCUUUCCAUGCAAAGGCUGUUCCAUUUUCGAUAUGGCUUCAGCAAUGCGGAUCUUUCCCAUGCGCCUAUUGAUCCAAAAUUUGAUCUUUCAAUAGUGAAGGUCGACGUCCGAGGAGCAGAAGACACAAAUGAUCUCAUUUCCUGUCUUUCCGGAGAGCUCGGUCUUACCGACCUUAAUCCUGAUCCUUCGAGACAGCAGGUCAUUUUUGAAUCAUCCGAAGUCGUCGCGUUCCAGAUUGUACGGGAUAACGCGCCGCCGACAUAUACUUCAUCAGUGGGAAAGGGCGGCAGAACUGACCGGACGACGUUUGGGUACCCAAAACACGUGUACUUGGAUCAAUUCAUGAAGAGUAACUUGGAACUGGCAAAUGAGAAGAGGGGGAAGCAACGCGAACUGCUUGCACAAAUCGACGAACUUGUCGCGAAGAAGGAUGCCUUGGUGAGAUACAACGACAGGGACACGCUUGCGGAUCUUCGGUCAUCAUUGCGCUACUACGAAACUGUUGCUGAAGACAAUAGUGAUCCCCAGCGUAAAGCGGAGUUACACGAUACAGCCCAAAAACUUCGCAAGGCCUUAGUGCGCAUUGAGAACGAGCUGCAAAGUGGGUCUGCAACGGUGUCUGGCAAAAUCUAUAACCCUGAAUUAAGUGCAGCCAUGGAUGCCAGCGUUGCACAUUUGAAGGACCAAGUCACAAGUAUGUUUGACUGCCCCGAGUUGCAACAGCAUAGAUAUGAUCUCCGCGUCGUCCUAGCCCAUGACGGCUUGUAUGGUCGCAGCCACGUGUAUUCCUACGUCAAGCAGAAGCACAUAUGGUGGAAGACCCUAGACUACAUCGUCAAUCAGGUCUCUGAGGAAACUGUACUAACCGACCCUGUAGGCCUGCAUCUCGGAGCAGGGCCAUUCUUCCUCAUUUAUAGUCGCGCACUCACAGAAGAGGAGGAGAGCUUGCAAAUUGCAUGGCCUGACAACAUUAAGAACGACGUGAAGUAUAAUAACCAGGCCUUCCUCUCUCGUCUUCCUCCCGAAGUAGUGGCGCGGGUGUCGGACCCCAACUCACCGCCUACAUCUCCAUACCAUUCCGCCGCGCCCUCUGAGUAUACUAUGUCUUCUGGUACCGUCGAGCCACCAGAAUCGAGGGAAGAGCCCAUGGAUAUUGUUUGA